AUGCAUUUCAUUAAAUCACGUAUGCCAACUUCGACUAUAUCCUUACAGGGGGUUGUUUGGCCUCGUUCUGCUGAUGGGUCUCACUCAUUGGACGACCAUUCUGUCGUGAGCUUCUACAAUCGUGAAGCCAACAUUACAAUGGAAAACCUCAAUUCAUUCUGCAGGACACACGGUACAACUCCUCAGUCUGUGUGCUUCACUACCUGGUCGAUUGUACUCCUCCAUAUGACAGGACAAAGCGAUGUUUCUAUUGACGUCGAAAGUUACUCUGCGUCGACUCCUGAAAAUCGAUCUGGAUGUGAAACAUUCAAUAUAAGACUGAAGAGCACUACGACACCACUUGAACUGAUCUCCCAGUAUGAAUUCCCCGAAACUUCAGCGCCUGUAGGGACGGGAAACAACCAGCCAAGCCUCUCAAGUGUCCAGGAUCGGCACAUGUUUAAGAUGAUAAAAGAUGCGGAAGUAUUCCAGCAUGAGCUCGAUAGCUUUGCUUCUUCUAGCCCGGAUUAUGUUUCUUAUGUUCAUAUGUUCACCAAACCGGAUACUGCUACUCUCGGGGUUUUUUGGAGAAAUGGCCUCCAAGAUGUGGAGGAAAUCACCAAUAUCUUCGACCAUAUAUAUGACUUUGUUCUUUACCAACCAGACGCUUCGAUACAGUCGAUGGGCAGCCCUACUCUGAGACAACUAGAACUACUUCCCACUGAGCCUGAAGCAGACCAAGGCUUCAACAUUCCGGACCUGAUCCGUCUCACAAGUUCUACGUUUCCGUCUAGAACAGCUGUUCAUGCAUGGGAUGGCGAUCUAUCGUAUCAGGAGCUCCAGACUACUUCGGACCGAUGGGCCAAAGCUUCACUGUCACUCGGCUUGACUGCGGGAGAUAGAGUUAUUCAUGCUUUUGAACAGUCUCAAUAUGCGGUUGUUGCCUGGCUAGCCAUCCUCAAACCUGGUUGUACAAGCGUGCCGAUAGAUGUACCAACGCCAACUGAGAGACUCAAAACCAUCAUCGACUCUACAACAUGCAAAGCAGCGAUCUGUGACACGACCGGCUCUUCACAUCUUGGUCACACUUCUUUGCGCUUGCUUACUCCGUCCGAGUUAGAUGAGAGUGGAAAAGAAGACAACAUUGAAGUCGAAGAAGUGAAUCCUUCUAGUAAUGCCGUCAUAAUCUUUACUUCAGGAUCUACCGGUCAGCCAAAGGGUGUUGUUCAAACUCACAACGCCAUUGCUAGUAGACUGGUGAUGGUUGCGAAGGCGUUAGGACUAGAUGAAGAAUGUAGGUUCCUACAGUUCGCUCCGCAUUGUUUCGAUGUGAGUAUUGGCGAAAUAUUCGGCACACUUGUGGCCGGUGGCUGCUUGUGCAUUCCAGCCCCUGCUAAGAAGCUGAUCGACAUUGCCAAAAACAUCGACAAAAUGGAAAUUACCCAUGCUAUCUUGACACCUACUGUAGCAAAGAUGCUAUCAACAGAUCAGGUGCCGAGUCUCCAGAGUCUUAGUGUAGGUGGGGAACCUUGUUCUUCGAAGCUUCGCGAGACUUGGUCGCCUCACUUACAGUUCAACGUCUUGUAUGGCGCGACUGAGGGUGGAGUAUGGGAUACCAUCAAGCGUGUCAGACCUGAUGAUGACUUUAGCGUUCUCAGCAUCGGAUUUCCCAUUGGCAGCCGCGUUUGGAUAGUGCAUCCAGACGACUGGACUUUGCUUUCCCCUAUAGGAGUCCCUGGGGAGAUAUGCAUCCAAGGGCCAGAAAUUGCCGGAGGCUACUUUGGGGACAAUGAGAAGACUCAAGAAGCUUUCAAGCUGAAUCCCCCCUGGCUAACCACGGAAGAAGGCCGCUUUCCAUCUCAUUCCCAGAUAUUUCGAACCGGUGACCGUGGACUGGUCAUGGAAGAUGGCAGUCUGCGUAUCUUUGGUCGUAUAGAUCGCCAAAUCAAGAUUAAUGGCCAGCGAAGAGUUAGGGUUAUAGGACUCUCUUAUUACUUUUAA